CUGUGUGGUGGCAGUGUUUGUCUCGCCCUUCUGCCUACUGGAAUCGGGUCUUCUGUCCUCCUCCUCAUUCUUCUCCCGCCUGCUGUGUGACUUGUUCUCGUCAUCUUCCUCGGUGUUCGUGUUCGUGUUGGUGGUGGUGUUGCUCUUCGGUGCUUCUGUUGGAUCUCCGCUCAAUAUGAAGGCGUUCGUUGCGUCUCUCUGCUUCCUCCUCCUGCUGGGACACUCCUGCAGGGGGGAUGACAUGCUGAAGGCGCGAUGAACACGGCAGUGAAUGAAGUGGACGCUACUGAGAAUCCUAUGGCGGCGGAGGAGGAGGGGAAAGCGCCGCCACCCAGCCUUGACACACAUCCUGAGGACUCCCAUCCCGCCUCCAGUCAAGUGUCCCUGCGCCCUCUGUCCUUCCAGAGACACCCUGAUAGGACGCGUGAUCCCCAGGCAGCCCCCAGUCCCCGCCCCCUUGGUCAGUACCCAAGAGUCACCUUCUCGUAUCGCCACGGCCUCCCCGCCACACGUCGUCAGCCUCUCAGGCGGGACUACGGCGUGGUCCCUCGUCCUGCCCCUCACGGUCUCUACAGCCCCUACAGGUUCUCGCGUCCUCACUUACCCUUCGUGUCUGAUCGUGCCGUGCCCUUCAGAGGAUCUGUACGCCCUGACGGUGCCUCCUCCAGGUUUCCCGAUGCUCCCACGCCAUCUGUACCGCAGCCACUUCCCCACUUUCAUCCCUUCACGCCCUCCUCACUUGAACCUCGCCCUAUCACACCCAACACGGUUCUCGUCCCACCCUCACCCAUGCUGAGCCCAGUAACCUUCCCGCCACCGCUCCUCGUCCCCCGCCCGGUUACCCCCACGACUCCUGACGACUCCUUCCUCAGCCAAGUGGACGUGAGGGCUGCGGGAGUGUUCCCCAGCGACCUCUUGCCCCAAGACCCCACUGGACCCGUCGGUGAUCCCGCCAGCCACGUUGAUAAUAUCAAUGACCUCCAUGCCCCCACCACUGACCCCAGGAACCUUUUCUAUGACCCCAGGAACUUUGUGCGGCCUAACGUUGACCUCACAGAUAUCGUUGACCUUCGGGUUGCUCUCCCAGAUCAAGAUAGUGGUAUCUUCCUUGCCCCGGACAUGAGACCUUCUGGUUCCUCUGUCAGCCGCUCUUUCGUCAACCAGAACCGUCCAUGCUCCGCCAACACCAAGGUCGUUAGAAGUCGCAUCGUUAACCCACCGCCCUUCGUAACCCAUGAGCCAAAGUCACAUGGAGUAACCAGGACGUUUGUUGACCGCGGUGACAACUUCGUUAAUCCCCUCACCACUCCUAUCGUUGACCGGGACGGGAAUGUCAUUAACCAGGGAGUCCCGUCCUUAGCUAACUACUACACACACUUCACUGACAGGGAAGAAUCCUUCGAGAAUCCUGCGCCUCAGGGUUGCGUUAAUGCAGGAGAUCCUUUCGUUAACCAAGAUGUCCAGGCUCUCGAUAACCGCCCUCCUUUCGUUGACCAUGACACUGUGUUUGCUAGCCACGGUGUGAGGUAUCCUAUCACUCAUCCUGCAGCUGCUCACAGGAUUCCCCCGCAGGAUCUCAGUGCAGUGUUGGUCAGCCGUCCUUUCCCGCGCUACGCUCCCUAUCCAGUUCCCUCUGGCGGCCACUACGGGUACUAUUACCGCAGGAGUCCUAAUUAUGGUGGUUAUUAGUCAAAAGGACAUUGGUGGUUCCUCUUUCUAUUCCUGUUUUCUUUUUCUUCGUCUUUUAUUUCUCGUCCUCCUCCUCCUCCUCCUCCUCCUCCUCCUCCUCC